UAUUUUCUAGAUUAACUGAUUAGAAAACAUCAAAAAACCCUACAACUCCCCCCAAAAGACACAAAUUUACCAAAAAAGAAACAAACAUCUCACAAAAAGAUGCUAAAUCAUCACAGAAACACACUAAAUUACACAAAUGACACAAAAACCCUACAAAAACACACAAAAUUUCCACAAAACACACUAAAAUUCCCAAAAAGAGACAAAAACCUGACAAAAAGAUGCAAAAUCACCACAGAAUCACACUACAGAGCAAAAAAGACACAAAGCCCUAUAAAAACACACAAAAUUUCCACAAAACUCACUAAAUUACCUGAAAAAGAAAUUAAAGCCUUACAGCAAGAUGCAAAAUCACCUCAAAAAGACACAAAAACCCUCCAACAAUACCCAAAUUCCCACAGAACACACUAAAAUACCAAUAAAAGAAGCAGAAACCUUACAAAAAGAUGUAAAAUUACCACAAAAACCCUACAACUCCACCACAGAAAGACAUAAAAUUAUCAAAAAAGACACAAAAAACGUACAAAAAGAUACAAAAUCACCACAGAAACACAUUAAAUAACAAAAAAGACAUAAAAACCCUAAAAAAAACACUAAAAUACCAAAAAAAAAAACCCAACCGUACAGAGAUACAAACUCCCGUCAAAAAGACAAAAACUCCAGUGAAAAAUGUCAGUUAAAAUACUGAAUACUUGUUUGUGACCAGAACAGGAUUCGUUCCAGUUUGUGUCAUUGUAAACAUCAUCAGGGUGGAUAUUUGUUCUAUUUUUGACAUUUUAAACAGGAAACAGGGGAUUUUCUGACCUGAGUUCAGUCCUGGUUGUUGUCUUUAUGAUGAUUAUCUUUGAGAACUCAUCAGUCCAAAGGUUUGUUCAGUUGAAGGUUAUAUGUUGGAUGUUUACUUUCCAGAUGUAGAUUGUUACGAUGAUUAUCUUUGAGAACUCUUCUAUCUAAAGAUUUGUUCAGUUCAAGGUUGUAUGUUGGAUUGUUACAGAUCUUGGAGCGUCUUUGUGGACUUAGAUGUUAGAUUUGUGUAAAUAAUCAGUUGUUUUAGUGCAAAGUCUUUAUUUUAACCAGUUCAUGACCUUCUUCUUCCUGUUUUCUCUGAAUGUUUACCUUUGAAACAGGAAAGAGGAAGUAGAAUUAGAGUCCAGAUAAAACUAAAAGCAGAGUGACACUGCCCUCUGCUGGUCAAACACUGGAACUGUUCUGUUGUUGUCUACAUCUUUCUGUGCUCAUUUACUGCCUUUCUGAGGUUUUUGUGUCCUUUCAUAAGGUUUUUCUUUCUUUUUUGGUAAUUUAGUGUGUUUUCUGAGGAUUUUAUGUCUAUUUGUGAGGUUUUUGUGUCUUUUUUGGCAAUUUUUUGUCUUUUUGUGGGGGAGUUGUAGGUUUUUUGUGUUUUUGUGGCGAUUUUGCAUCUUCUUGUAAGGUCUUGUUUUUUGGUAACUUAGUGUGUUUUUGUGUCUUUUUGUAAGGUUUUUGAGUCUUUUUGUGAGGCAUUUGUGUCUUUUUAACAUGAUUUUGUAUCUUUUUGUGAAGUUUUUGUGUAUUUUUGGGCAGUUUUAUGUCCUUUUGUGGCGGAGUUCAAGGGUUUUUUUGUCUUUCUGAGAUGAUUUUGUAUCUUUUUGUGAGGUUUUUUGUUGCUUUCUUUGGCAUUUAGUGUGUUUUGUGGAAAUUUAAUGUCUUGUUGCAUCUUUUUUUGUAACUUAGUGUGUUUCUGUGGUGAUUUGUGUGUUUUUGUAAGGUUUUUGUGUCUUUUUGUGAGGUAUUUAUGUCUUUUUGACAUGAUGUAUCUUUAUGUUUGUGAGAUUUUUGUGUUUUUUGGGUCAUUUUAUGUGUUUUUAUGGCAGAGUUGUAGGGUUUUUGUGUAUUUUGUGGUGGUUUUGCAUUGUCUUGUAUGGUUUUUGUUCCUUUUUUUGGUAACUGUGUGUGUUUUGUGAGAAUUUUGUGAGGUUGUUGAGUCUUUUGUGUAGUUUUCCAUCUUUUUGUGGUGAUUUUGCACCUUUAUAAAGUUCAUACAGAUUUUUUUAUGUUUUAUUUUGUUUUUGUGUCUUUUUGUGGUGAUUUUGCAUCUUCUUGUAAAGUUUUUGUUUGUUUUUGUUCGUAAUUUUGUGUGUUGGGGGGAGUUUUGUGAAGUUUUUACAUCUGUUCGUGGUGAUUUUUUGUAUUUUGCAAAGGUUAUGCUAUUUUUUUUGUCAUUUAUAUUGUAUAUUUUUGUGAUGGUUUUGCAUCUUAUUUUGAUAGUUGUGCAUUUCUUUCUAUAGUUUCGGUGUCUAUUUGAGGUCAAUUUUGCAUCUUUUCUAUGUGAUUUAUUGUAGUUUUGGUGAAAUUGUAUUUCUGGGUGGUGAUUUUGCAUCUUUUUGUUGGAUUGUGCGUCUUUUUUUGGUAGUUUUUGUGUGCCUUUAUGGGAGGUUUAGGCCUUUUAAUGGUGAUUUUGCAAGUUUUUGUGGGUUUUUUGUGUCUUUUUGUGGUGAAUUUACAUGUGCUUGUUGCCAUUUUGCAUCUUUUUGUAGGUAAUUUUGCAUCUUUUCCGUGUGAAUUAAUUGUGGUUUUGGUGAAUUUGCACAUUUGGGUGGUGAUUUUGUGUCUUUUUGUAGGAUUGUGUGUCUUUCUUUGGUCAUUUUGUGUGAUUUUUUUGGGAGUUGUAUGUGAUUUUGUGGUGAUUUUGCAUCUAAUUGUGAUAAUUUUGCUUCUCUUUCUAUGAUUUUGCAUCUUUUUGUUGGUAAUUUUGCAUCUUUUCUGUGAUAUUUAGUUUGGUUUUGGUGAGUUUGCAUAUUUGGGUGGUGACUUUGCAUCUUUUUGUAGGAUUGUGUGUCUUUUUUUGGUCAUUUUGUGCGCUCUUCUGGGAGUUGUAUGUCAUUUUCUACCAUUUUGUGCAUGUUUUUGUGAUUUAAAACCUGCGUACUUGCAGUUGUUGGUGUCGAGCAGCACUGAGCUUGCAGAGAUGAAACCUCUGCAGCAGCUGGAUGAACCCCGCCGUCCUUCCUCUUCCUCCUUCCUGAGUCACCAUGUCGCCGUCAUCCCUGGCUCCGCCCACAAGCCCCGCCUCCCUCCUCCUCCCAUUGGCCCGCUCCUCGUGCUCUUCCUGCUUCCUCCUUCCUCCUCCGUCCUGUGGAGUGAAUUAGAGGACGAAGCCGAGGAGGAGGAGGAGGAUCGAGGCGCAUGUUUCCAGGGAGGAGAGGGGGGAGGCCAGGCUGCUCUUCCCCUCUGGUGUCUCCUCGUCUGGGGGAGACGUGAGGAGGACCACCGGCCUGUCUGUCUGUCUGUCCGUCCGUCUGCUGGUCGGCAUGCUGAGGAAACUGGUCUGCAGGCGGAUCUGCUCCUGUAAGCUGCUGCAGGGAUGAAAGCGAUGAAUGAAUGAAGGAAGAGGAGAGAGAAUGUAAACACAGAGUGUGAGAGUUAAGACAAGAACUUUGAGGACGAUGACUCGGUGGACGGCGGUCGCUCCUCGUCCUCAUCCAAAGGCGCCUCGCUGUCCGGGAGGAAGGCGGUGAGCAUGGGUUCAUUCCGACGGCCCGCCUCGGCCUCCAGCACCAAGUCUGCAGGGAGGGAUGGAUCCGGUGCUGGAGCUGUGGAUGAGGAGGACUUCAUCCAGGCAUUUGAGGAAGUUCCCACAGUGCAGAUCUACUCUAACAGGGAGGUGGAGGAAGCCAUGGCGAAGAUUCGAGACGUUCUGUCCGACGACAAGCGGGACUGGGAGCUCCGGGUGGCAGCCCUGAAGAAGGUGCGUUCGCUGCUGCUUGCUGGAGCUGCAGAGUUUGACGGUUUUCUGCAGCAGCUGCGACUCAUGGAGGCGUCGUUCAAGCUGUCUGCCAAGGACCUGAGGUCUCAGGUGGUUAGAGAGGCCUGCAUCACCCUGGGCCACCUGUCCUCGGUGCUCGGCGGACGGUUCGACCACGCAUCCGAGGCCAUCAUGCCGACUCUCCUCAACCUGGUCCCCAACAGUGCCAAAGUCAUGGCCACCUCCGGCGUGGCCGCCAUCCGCCUCAUCCUCCGACACACACACUACCCACGCCUCAUCCCCAUCAUCACCAGCAACUGUACCUCCAAAUCUGUGGCUGUCAGAAGGCGCUGCUUCGAGUUCAUGGACCUGCUGCUGCAUGAGUGGCAGAUGAGCUCUCUGGAGAGACACGGAGCGGUUUUAAUGGAAACCAUAAAGAAGGGGAUCCACGACGCCGACGCCGAGGCUCGAUCCGUGGCCAGGAAGUGUUACUGGGGUUUCCACGCUCACUUCAGCCGGGAGGCGGAGCUUCUGUUCCAGGGCCUGGAGUCGUCCUAUCAGAAGGCUCUGCAGGCUCACCUGAGGAGCGGCGACAGUCUGACGUCACUUCCUGCCUCCGAUCGCUCCUCCUCGUCGUCUCAGGAGAGCCUAAAUCGACCUCUGACGGCUAAAAGCUCCGUGGGAAACAGCAGAUCCAAAGCUCCUCACUCUUCCCGGACGCCGGCGGCCUCGUCUCCCGGUUCGCUACAACGUUCUCGCAGCGACGUGGACGUGAACGCCGCUGCCACCGCCACCGCCAGGACCAGGAUGCCCACCGUACACGCCACCGCCGCCAUGCACGCUUCACCUUUCAGCUCGGCCUCCGCUCUGCCCCCCGGAUCCUACGCCUCACUGGACGGCUCGUGGUCUGUCGGUGCAGACGGUCGGGUCCGAACCCGGAGGACAAGUGCAGGAAACGGUCCGUCGGACAGUUGCGGUCGCAGCCGAGGAAAAGUCGUGUCUCAGUCUCAACCCGGAAGUCGGUCCGGUUCUCCAGGUCGACUGCUGGGCUCCACCUACGGCAGGAUCCCCAGACCGACCAUGGGAACCGCCGCCGCCAGCAGCAGUCUGACCGACAAGAGCCGACCUCGGGGUCACCGGAGCCAUGGCUGCAGCCGAGAGACCAGCCCCACCAGAUCAGGCACUGCCCGGAGUCGAAUCCCCCGACCCAGCAUGAGUCAAGGCUGCAGCCGCGAAACCAGUCGCGAGAGCAGCCGUGACACCAGCCCCGCCAGGGGUUUCUCCCCCCUGGCGACCCGCCGUCACUCCCGUUCAACCAGCGCCCUGUCCUCUGCAGAGUGCUACUCAGACCGACUCUCACAUCAGGCUCGGAUCUCGGCCUCCGUCAACGCCAUGAAGAUUCUGAACACUGGCACCGAGGUCGAGGCCGCUGUUGCCGACGCUUUGCUCUUAGGAGACUCGAGGAGUAAGCGGCGGCCGGUCCGGCGGCGCUUCGAGUCUCCGGGGAUGUACUCGGACGACGACGCCAACAGCGACGCCUCCAGCGCCUGCUCCGAGCGCUCCUACGGCUCCCGCAACGGAGGCAACGCCCCGCCGCAUUUCCUGCGUCAGACGGAGGACGUGGCCGAGGUGCUGAACCGCUGCGCCAGCGCCAACUGGUCCGAGAGGAAGGAGGGUCUGCUGGGUCUGCAGAACCUGCUGCGGAGCCACAGGACGCUCAGCCGUGUAGAGCUGAAGAGGCUCUGUGAGAUCUUCACCAGGAUGUUUGCUGAUCCUCACAGCAAGGUGUUCAGCAUGUUCCUGGAGACGCUGGUGGACUUCAUCCUGCUGCACAGAGACGACCUCCACGACUGGAUGUUCGUCCUCCUCACUCAGCUGCUGAAGAAGAUGGGAGCCGACCUGCUGGGCUCGGUCCAGGCCAAGGUCCAGAAGGCCCUGGAUGUCACCAGGGAGUCGUUCCCGUACGAGCAGCAGUUCAACAUCCUGAUGCGUUUCAUCGUGGACCAGACGCAGACGCCCAACCUGAAGGUGAAGGUGGCCAUCCUGCGCUACAUCGAGGCUCUGGCUCGCCUCAUGGACCCGGCCGACUUCGUUAACUCCAGCGAAACCCGCCUGGCCGUCUCCCGGAUCAUCACCUGGACCACCGAGCCCAAGAGCUCCGACGUCCGAAAGACCCUCCAUAGCUGGGCAGGGGAGGACUGGCCCGGCCGACCCGGCACCGUGGCCUCUCUGCCGGGGGAGGCCCACCUGGAGGACAGGUGCAAGCAGGCGGCCCAGGUGGUUCUGAUCGCUCUCUUCCAGCUCAACACUCCAGAAUUCACGAUGCUGCUCGGAGCUUUGCCUAAAACCUUCCAGGACGGAACCACAAGACUGCUGCACAACCACCUGAGGAACAGCAGCGUGGCCAUGGCAUCUCCCAGUAACUCGGCCGGUCGGACGCCUCCUCGGCAGCCCGGCAGUCGCAGCAGUCCACUGACUUCACCCACCAACUGUUCCCUUUCACCCAGUCGGCUGUGGGCUUGGAGCUCUGACGGCCUGUCCCGGCUGCCUCCUCCACCCUUCCCUUCCCCUCUACCUCCACCCUCUACCCACUGCUCCCUCCAGGCCCUGAGGCCAUCUUCCUCCCUCAGCCUGUUGGAGUACGACAGCGAGAACCUGAACUCAGAGGAGAUCUACAGCUCGCUGCGAGGCGUCACCGAGGCCAUCCAGAACUUCAGCUUCCGCAGCCAAGAAGACCUGAUGGAGCCUCUGAGACGGGACGGCAAGAGGGACGGCAUGCCGGGAAUUGGGGCGUCCUCGGACUCCGACCCUCGCGGUGAUGUGGUGGACGGUGGUCGGACGGCUCUGGACAACAAGACGUCGCUGCUCAACACUCCGUCGCCACGAUCCUUCGCUGGGCCGCGGUUCAGAGAAUACAACCCUUAUAACUACAGCGACAGCAUGGACAAGGCCACCCUGAAGGAGGCGCUGUACGAGGACGCCGUGGAGAGAGAUGGACGCCGGCAAGAAAGCGUGGAAAACAAGAUCCUGAACCCUAAAAGCUUCCCAGCUGGUCCUGCAGAGCAGCUGGAGCUGGUCGGGGGGCUGCUGAAGGAUCUGUCCCAGGGCCAGGCACCGGACCGGGGCCCGGAGGAGCGGCGGGGGACCCUGCUGGAGCUCCUGAAGGUGGCCCGGGAGGACAGCCUGGUGGUCUGGGAAGAACACUUCAAAACCAUGCUGCUGCUACUGCUGGAGACUCUGGGAGACAAAGACCACACAAUCCGAGCCCUGGCCCUGCGAGUCCUGAAGGAGAUCCUGAGGAACCAGCCGGCCCGGUUCAAGAACUACGCUGAGCUCACUAUCAUGAAGACACUAGAGGCCCACAAGGACUCCCACAAGGAGGUGGUCCGGGCAGCCGAGGAGGCGGCGUCCACACUGGCUGGCUCCGCCCACCCGGAGCAGUGCAUCAAGGUGCUGUGUCCCAUCGUGCAGACGGCCGACUACCCCAUCAACUUGGCCGCCAUCAAGAUGCAGACCAGAGCCAUUGAACGCAUCGCCAAGGAGCCGCUGCACCUGCUGCUGCCAGACGUCAUACCUGGACUGCUGCAGGGCUACGACAACACGGAGAGCAGCGUGAGGAAGGCCAGCGUCUUCUGCCUGGUGGCCAUCUACUCUGUGAUCGGAGAGGAGCUGAAGCCUUACUUGGCUCAGCUGACCGGCAGCAAGAUGAAGCUGCUUAACCUGUACAUCAAGAGAGCCCAGACCUCUACCAGCAACAGCAGCAGCUCCUCUGACAUCUCCUCCUACUGACUCCACUAGGGCCUUCUCAUUCCUGCGGCCGUUGCUGGUGGGAGGGUGUUCUGUGUCGGACCGGGCCCCGUGCCUCCACCAUCCCAUCAUGAAGAGCCUCCACCGUUAGAGUCACGAGCCUUAAGACUUCCUAGAAACCAUUUUUAAAACCGCGACUGAAUGUGAGGAACAGAAAAUGUUCUCACAAAGACUCGAGGUGAGUUUGACGAAAAGUUUUAGCGGAGCUUCCUCGAAACUAUCAGGGUUUUUAUCCUUUGAUUCACUUCCCUGAGCAUAUAUACAUACAGAAACGUUAAUAUUUGGUUCAAUGUCCCCUCUGGUUUCCGUCCACAAGCUUCUGGUUGAUCUUGGACUCCUCUCGACACUCGACCUACCGUCAAGCAUGGAGGUGGCAGUAUCAUUAUACAAUCAACUUAACUGACUGAAGUCUGAGUCAGAAAGACGUCAAAUUUAAAUUUGUCGUCUUUCUGACUUGGUUCUUCAGGUUCUUGAUGGGUUUAAGUCAGGACUUUGGGGAGACCAGUCUAGAACCUUCAUUCCAGCCUGAUGGAACCAUUUCUUUACCACGUCUGAUGUGUGUUUGGGCUCAUUGUCUGGUUGAAACAUCCAACCAUGUCCAAGAUCAACCUUCUGAUGAUGGUUUUAUGUUUUCCUGACGAAUGUUUAGGUAGUCCUCCUUCUUCAUUAUUCUGUUCACUUUGUGUGAAGCUCCAGUCCCACAGAGCAUGAUACUGCCACCACCAUGCUUAAUGGUAGGUUUGGUGUUCUAAAAGUCUAAGACUCAUCUGAAACCAGUCCUAAAAAGUGUAAAACCAGGACCAAAAUCAGAUUUACACCAUUUUAGAAGCACUUCUAGAAAGCCCCAGAGCAUGAUACUGCCACCACCAUGCUUGAUGGUAGGUUUGGUGUUUGUUGGAUUAAAAAAAGCCGAAGACCCACCUAGGACAGUCUGAAAUCAGUCCUCAAAAGGUCUAAAACCAAGACCAAAACCAAACCUACACUACUCCUAAAAAAGUCCAAAAACUGCCCAAAAUACAGUCUGAAACCAGUCCUUAACUGGUUGUAAAAACCAGUUGUAAAGCAGUCAACCAACCAUUUUUUAAACUUGGUUCUGAAUCUGAGGAGGUGAAAAUGUUCUCACAAAGACUUGAGGUGAGUUCGAUGAAGACUUUUAGUUUUUCCUCUAAAUUCUCAGUGUUUUUCUCCUUUGAUUCACUUCUCUGAGCGACGUUUUGCUUUGACACAUCAAACCUUAUCGUAAGCUGAAUGUAAAGAUCUCACCUGUUCCUGAAAUACUGCCUGGUGGAUCCGCCCUGGACCGUCCUCCAGGCUUCCAAGGCUGGAUUCAAGAGUUGACGAGUCGAAGGUUCUGCCGUGGGAAGAAUGUGAAGUUCAUGUCAGUCUGCUGCGAUCGAUCAUUUGGCUGGCCAAUGAUUUAAAGCACUACAGAUAGAAAUAUAUAUAUUCAAAGCAAGUUUUAUUAUAUUGGGCCCAAGUAGCAGCAGAAAAUAUCAGUGUUGUUAUUUAAGAAACCAUUUUUCAUGUGUGAAGGAACCAAGAAUUCUGUCUGUGCGACUCUUACCGGAUGGAUUUCCAUUUAAAAACGCCAGCCAACUACAGGUUACUGCAAAAAACUGGAGAUAAAUGAGAUAUUUUACAGCUUAGUCAUCGUCGAAUUCAAGUGACAGCUGGUUAAACUGGAUAAAACUCGUUAUAUAUCUAAAAUUCAUUGGAAAACUGCUGGACGUGGCUUUAUGCUGCAGUUUCGGUCGACGACAACACUACUUUCAUUGGAAUAUCCCAACAAAACUUUAUUUUUUCUCGUUUCUUUGUGCGUAAAAGAUAAAUUUGUGGACUGUAAUUGUAAGAUAACUCAAAAUUGAUCUCAACAAACCAAAAAAGUUUCAAAAAUGACUCAAAACUAGAUUUAACUUUGAGAAUUUGAGAUUUUUUUUGUUUUUACAGGAUCUAAUUCACUUAUUUAGUAAUUUUUUCUGUAUAUAUUUACUAAAAUUGUCUAAAAUGUCUUAAAAUAUGUCCAGAGCAGCAGAAAAGCAUGUCUUUUUAAUGUAAUAUCACAAUAAACCUCAGUUUUUUCUCUAUUCUUGCCACGUAAAAGAUACAUUUGUUGUGGACUGUAAUUGUAAAACAACUCAAAAUUGAUCUGAACAAAUCACAAAAAAAGUUUGAAAAUUUGAGAUUUUUUUUUGUUUUUACAGAAUCUGAUUAACUUACUUGGUGUGUUUUUUAAAAAAUAUAUAUUUAGUAAAAAUUCUUAAAAUACAUCCAAAACCACAGAAAAACACAUUUUUUAAAAUGUGAUAUCCCAAUAAAACAAUUUUUCUUGAUUCUUUUCAUGUUCAAGAUAAAUUUGUGGGCUAUAGUUGCAAAAUAACUCAUAAUUGGUCUGAACAAACCAAAAAAAAUUUUUAAAAAAGGACUUAAAACGUGUCUAAAAUGACUUUAAACGUGUCCAAAACUAUUAAAAACUUUUCCACGAGUCAAAAUGAGAUUUUUUGCUUGAGAAUUCGAGAUUUUUUUGAGUUUUCACAGAAUCUAGUUAACUUUUAUUUUUUUAUUUUAUAUAUAUAUAUAUAUAUAUAUAUAUAUAUAUAUAUAAAUAUAUAAAAUAAAAUAAAAAUUAUUUAUUUAUUUAAAUAAUGUCUCAAAAUAUGUCCAAAACUGCAAAAAUGCGUAUUUUUAAUAUAACAUCCCAAUAAAACUUGUUUUUUAUCUGUUCUCAGUUUCAUGCUAAGUUUUAUUAGCGGACCUGCUAAUGUUAAUGUAUAAAUGUAUGUUUCUUUUUCCACUUUCUCAAUCCAAAGGUAGAAAUCUGUCUAGAAAAAAAGCCCCAUUCCGACGGUUGCAUGGAUUUAAAGGACUAAAAAGAUGCUUUUAAAUGGAAAACCAGCCGAUAAACGUCGCAUCUGGUGUAUUUCUGCUGUAAAUAUUUCAAACCACUGAAAGGUGAAUCUGCUGCCGAGUGGAGACUACUGUUGGUUUCAUUCCUAAAUCCUGUCAAAUAUCUGAUGAUGAUCUUAAACGUUUUAAAUCAGCUGCUUUUGUUGGGAACAAACUGAACCGAAUGUGAGUCCCUCCGAGACUUCCACCGGAAAAAUGUGAAAUAUUCCCAACGUAUCCGAAGGUUCGGAUGAUCAGAACGUCAGCAAUAAACUGUGAGGAGUUUCCUCCUCACUUCCACAACCGACGUUCUGCUGCUUGAAACUUCAUCGUCCUCAAACCAACGAGGAGCCGGAGCUGGAACCAUUCGUCGGUUUGUUGUGACGCUAAAAAUGAAGCUACAGUUUGGUCAGUGUGGACAAAAACAACUCCAAAAUAGUGCAAAAUUUCCUAAAAUUUGUGUAAAAUAUUUUCAAAAUUGCACAAAAGUCUUCGAACCUUGUCGAAAAUUACUGAAAAUCAACCAGAAGUUGAGCAAAAGGCCUUGCAGUUCGCUCAGAAUUACUCGAAAUUUGUCUAGAAGCACUUUGUAACCUUGUCAAAAACAGAUAUUAGACUGAAAAUCUUCCGAAAAUGGUGGAAAGUUGCCCAAAACUGUCCCAGAAUGACCAGAAAUGUCUGUCCAAAUAGACUUGAAAUUUGUCCAGAAAUACUCAGAAUUUGUCCUAAACAACCAAAAACGUCUUAAAUAAGUCAGAGUCUGUCCUAGAAGACUUAAAAGUUGCACAACAUGCCUUGAAAUUUGUCUGAAACAAUUCAAGCCUCAUGAAAAUCUGUUACAGAGACACAGAAGGAAAAAAAUGAGACACAAAGUAACAUGAAGGUACAAAAUAUGACACAAACAAAACAACACAAACAAGACCUAAAAUGAUAAAUUAGAGAAAUGAGACAAAAAAACACAACAAAUAUUGAAAAUGACAAAAAAAAACAACUGGACAAAUAAAGACAAACGAGACAUAGAAUGACAAAAGGUAGAUAAAUUAGUGCAAAAACAACAGAAAGGAGACAAAAAAUGAAGAAAACAAGACAUAAAGUGACGCAACUUUGACAAAUUAAGAAAAAAAAUGACAGAAAUGAGACACAAAAUACCAGAAAUAAAAAUCUAAAUUACAGAAACUGGACAAAUUAGGACAUAAAACGACACAAAGGAGACACAAAAUUAUAAAAAUUAGACAAAGUGAGACAUAAAAUGAGAAAAAUUAAGACACAACACGAUAAAAAAUGAGACAAAUUAAGACACAAAAUGACAAAAAUGACACAAAUUAAGACACAAAAUGAUAGAAAUGAGACAAAACAGAAAAUGAUAAAAAUUAGACAAAUUCUAACAUAAAAUGACACAAAGCCGACCCAAAAUGGUAAAAAUGAGACAAGUUUAGACAUGACAAAUUCAGAGCCUAACUGGGUUUCAGUCGGUUGUUUCAGCAGGAAAUGGAGUCUGAAGUUAAAUAAAUUAAGUUGUGAUCUCCUGUAGCUUCUGAUUUUAACGUCUCAGCAGAAAGUUUGUCGGCCUUAUUUCACUCUGCGACUGUUAAACCAUGAGUUUAAACUUUAGUUCCUCCAACAAACCAACAACGAGCUUCUACUUCCUCAUUUGGUGCCUUCGGCUGCAAACUAACUGGAGCCUGUAAAUACGCUGAGUUCUGCCCGCAUGCUUUUAUUUUGGUAGCUCUACUUCCUGUGUAUAUAUUAAACAUUUGGUUCUCACCUGUGAUAGAAUUUACAUGAAAUAAACGUUCACACUUCA